GUACGUUUCACUGUGACUGUCAUGCAGCCCUAAGAUUGCGAAAUUGUUUAUUAUUUUCGGCAAGCUAAUGCUGGCAACAUGGUAAAUGUUAUGAAAGGAGUGCUGGUGGAGUGUGAUCCUGCUAUGAAACAAUUCCUGCUGCACUUGGACGAAAAACUGGCUCUGGGUCGCAAAUUCAUUAUCCAGGAUCUGGACGAGAACCAUUUGUUUAUCUCCACGGACAUUGUGGAAGUUCUGCAGGCGCGAGUGGACGAUUUGAUGGAUCGGAUAAGCUUCCCGUUGCACGACAAGGACGCUUAA